GACCGCCGGAGGACUAGGAACCCGGAUGUGUCUGCGAAGAUCCGGCUUGUCGGCGGGAUCAUGACGGGUAACGUGGCCCCGGACCCCCAGGGCCCCCCCGCGGGACAGGAAGGCGCCCAGUUCUUCCUCCAAGCAGUAAAUUCAUUGUUCUCAGACUAUGGCUGGUACAUCCUCUUCGCUCUUAUUGCCGUUUAUCUGCUCGUACAAAAACUCUCCAAAAAUCUUCAAGGCACUAAAGGAUCCAGUGUGCCCAUAACAGCUAUAGAACCAGACGAUGUGGUUAAAAGACAAGAAGCUCUCCUAGCUGCCCGAAUGAAGAUGCAGGAACAAUUGAAUGCCCAAGCAGAGAAGUUCAAGGAAAAACAGAAAAUGCUCGAAGAGGAGAAGAGAAAGCAAAAGAUAGCCAUGUGGGAAAGCAUGCAGGAAGGGAAAAGCUACAAGGCGACUCUCCAACACAACCAGGAACCCACGCCUGAAGCCUCCACAUCGACAACUGUUGUAAAGCCAAAACCCAACAAAAAGCCCUUACGAGGGGAGGGUUAUAACCCCUUGUCUGGAGAAGGUGGUGGGACUUGUUCGUGGAGACCAGGACGCAAAGGCCCUUCCUCGGGUGGAUGAGGCUAAUUCUCCCGGUGUCUUCCUUGGACACCGGAGGGCAUUAACUCUACCUCGCAACCAGUGGCUGUCUGUGGGUUGCUUGCUG